AUGGGUUCAAGGUUGAAAAUUGAAACACCCCGUUAGUCGUGAAAACCUUUAAACCCAAUCGACGGCAAAACCGCUCUUUCGUUCUUCGGCGAAAUCAAAACUUCAAUCGGAGAAAAUAAGUUAGGGCUCUGGCGGCCAUCAGAGAUUCAACAACUGCAAAUCAAAUGGCAUCAUCUAGUAGCGGACUAACCUUCAAGCUUCACCCACUGGUGAUCGUCAACAUAUCCGAUCACCACACACGAGUCAAGUCCCAAUCGCAACCACCCACCGCCAAUGGUGGUGACGCCACCUCCGCCUCUUCCAGUUCUCCGGCACUUUCUUCACCUCGGGUGUUUGGUUGUGUCAUUGGAGUUCAACGGGGACGAACCGUCGAGAUCUUCAACAGCUUUGAACUUCUCUACGAUCCAUCCAACCAUUCCCUCGACCGUACCUUCCUAGAGAAAAAACAGGAACUCUAUAAGAAAGUAUUUCCCAACUUCUACAUCCUUGGAUGGUAUUCUACAGGCGCCGAUGCAGAAGAAUCAGAUAUGCACAUACACAAAGCUUUGAUGGAUAUCAAUGAAAGCCCUGUGUAUGUUCUUUUGAACCCUCUGAUCAAUCAUGCUCAAAAGGAUCUUCCAGUAAAUAUCUAUGAGAGUGAGUUGCAUGUGAUUGAUGGGAUUCCACAGCUUAUUUUUGUACGCUCCAGCUACACUAUAGAGACAGUAGAAGCUGAAAGGAUAUCUGUUGACCAUGUUGCUCACCUCAAACCAUCUGAUGGAGGUUCAGCUGCUACCCAAUUGGCUGCUCACUUGACUGGCAUUCAUAGUGCUAUAAAGAUGCUCAAUAGCAGAAUCCGUGUGCUUCAUCACUAUCUGAUUGCUAUGCAAAAGGGUGAAAUCCCAUAUGAGAAUUCUUUGCUAAGACAAGUCUCUAGUCUCUUGAGGAGAUUACCAGCUAUUGAAUCUGAGAAAUUUCAGGAUGACUUCUUAAUGGAAUAUAAUGACACACUAUUGAUUAGUUAUCUGGCAAUGUUCACGGAUUGCUCAAGCACAAUGAAUGAUGUGGUUGAUAAAAUCAACAUUGCAUAUGAUAGGCAUAGUCGAAGGGGAGGACGUACUGCAUUCAUCUGAAUACACUUUUGAGUUUUUUUUUUUAUUUAUUAAAAAAAAAAAGAGUUAAAAUCGUAUUGAUUGCUUUUGUGAAAAUUAAGAAUCGUGGAUCACAACCCUUUAAAAAGUGCAUGCCAUUGUUAUUUUAGGUAUAAUUUUGUUAUUG